UUGGCCUUGGGCUUUGCAACUCCUAGUACCAAGAGGAAAAAAAGCAGAUCCAGGGAAAGAAAUGAUACCUUCCUCCCCAGUCACACUCACUAACAGGCAUGUGGCACACCCGGUGGAGAAGGCAAAAAGCACAAGAGAGUACCUGGGAUGAUUAAUUGCUGUGUCUGAGACCAGCAGAAUAAACAGCGCCUCCUGCCAUAAAUCACCCAAGCUUUGAGAGCUGCAACUUGGAGACCAGUACUGCCAAAUCACCCAUUUAAUCAGCAUAAUGUUUACAUCUCUAGGACUCAGCAAUGUGCCCUGGUAAUAACCAGGCUCUGAUGGCUCACCGUUCUGUCUGUUUUUCUGCCCGUGUACCUGCCAGAUCUCACUGCAGCAGAAACCAACCAGCCCCAGUAUGCACACUAGUCAAGCAGCAGUGUGGACCGUAUAGAGCCUCUCUAAUCCAACGGUGGGUCCCUCGGGCCUCUACUGACCCCAUUACAUGGACCAACAUGACUACUAAGUUUGUAUAUGAAACAUGAAAUAGGAAAAUGCACUUUGUCAGGGAAAGGACUUGGGUCUGAUUUGGUCACUACCACACCUGCAGUCUGGAACACUGCUUACUGCACAUAGGAGGUACACAAAAGUACCGAGGACACUAGCCGGCAGUCUCGUAAGCAUGUGAAUAAGUACCACCAAAUACUCUAAUUGUAAAUGUAUAUAUUAUAUUUUUAAAUCAAACUAAGUUCAGCCGUUAGCCCAUAAUUUGGCAAUGGACCACUUGAGUGUGCAGGAGCCUUGUAAAGAGAUUUUCAGACCACUGCUACUUUCUUAUCUGGUUCUUAUCUGGUAUUGAGUCACACACUCUGACGUGCGUGGCCUUUGUAGCCAAAUCCUGAGAACUUCAAAAUCUAACUGCGCACUACUAUCCAAUGGGAAAGACAAUGGAGUGCUCUGUAAGAAGUUACAAAUUAUAAUACUGAACUUGGAAGUAACUAAAACUACGAAGGGGUCCUGCCUCUCGAUUUCAGAACAAUAUCAUAAGCACCACAAACCUGGCAAAAGAUUAACACAUGGUGAGUUUAUCUGAAGUCCUACUCAUGAUCUGCCUGUCAGUAAUGCCAAAUACGGAAAAAUUAAUGCUUAGAAAAACAACAAGAGCCACACCUCUUACCUAAAAGAUGUGGUCACUGGUGUCAAAAUGCUUCUUUACGCAAAUGCUAAUUCUGCAUUUCCAGGUUACUCCAGUGACCACUCGUUUAUGGACAUGCUAGGUUCUGUGGCUGUUGGUUCCCCACUAGGAGGUGCUUCUGAAAGAACCACACCUUACCUACCUCAGAUACCCAUCAUCAGUUCUCCACCUCUUACCACAUGUUGAAUCUGGCAAUGGCAAAGUUUCAAAAGAAAAUACAUUAAGAUUGUUGCCUACUGUUUAUUUGCCAGAUGAUGCAAAGGUGUAGCAAAAGCAAUAGAAAAUUUCAAGAAGGAACUGGCCCACCAAAGGGAAAAAUCCAGCACAGAGGCCAGCCAGACACCCACAGAGAUUCAAACAUCUCUCCUUCCAUUUCCCAGCCUUGAAUAAGUUCUAGCUGGCCAACUCUGCAGUGACACUCAACCACCCACUAUCUUGUGGUUUCUGUCAAGUUCCCAAUUUGUGUUUGUUCUGUUCUUGAGACGAGGGAGAACUUGGUGUGUAACAGUCUUAGUCUGGAGUGCACAGUGAGACACAUUCUGAAUGAGUGCUCCCCGACUGGCAGAUGAGAGCUGGAGGCAGGCCUCACCUUCGGGAGUGACAGAAUGAUGAAUUCCACCACCCCUCAGCCCCCCGAGUCCUGCUCCCGCAAUGCCCUCAUCAUGCAGCAAGUCAUUCCCGUGCUGUACCUGAUGGUCUUUAUCGCGGGGAUCCUGCUCAACAGCGUGUCGGCAUGGAUCUUCUUCUAUGUGCCCAGCUCGAAGAGUUUCAUCAUCUACCUGAAGAGCAUUGUCGUCGCUGACUUCCUGAUGAGCCUGACGUUUCCGUUCAAGAUCCUCAGUGACUCGGGCCUGGGCCCCUGGCAGCUGGGCGUGUUCGUGUGCAGGGUCUCGGCGGUGCUCUUCUACGUCAACAUGUACGUCAGCAUCGUGUUCUUUGGGCUCAUCAGCUUCGACAGAUACUACAAAAUCGUGAAGCCUCUUUUGACAUCUUUCAUCCAGUCAGUGACUUAUAGCAAACUCCUGUCGGUGAUGGUGUGGCUACUGAUGCUCCUUCUCGCUGUCCCCAACAUUAUCCUCACCAACCAGAGUGUUAAGGACGUCACACAUAUAAAAUGCAUGGAACUUAAGAACGAACUGGGACUAAAGUGGCACAAAGCAUCCAACUACAUCUUUGUGGGCAUCUUCUGGAUCGUGUUUCUUUUGUUAAUCAUUUUCUACACUGCUAUCACAAGGAAAAUCUUCAAGUCCCACCUUAAGUCUAGAAGGAAUUCCAUUUCGGUCAAGAAGAAAUCUAGCCGCAAUAUAUUCAGCAUCAUGUUAGUGUUUUUUGUCUGUUUCGUACCUUACCACAUUGUCAGAAUCUUCUACACAAAGAGCCAGACGGAAGCACACUACAGCUGCCGGGCCCGAGAAAUCCUGUACUAUGUGAAGGAGUUCACUCUGCUGCUGUCCGCUGCCAACGUGUGCUUGGACCCCGUUAUUUAUUUCUUUCUGUGCCAGCCAUUUAGAGAAAUCUUGUGUAAGAAACUGCACAUCUCACUAACAGCUCAGGAUGACUCAGAAACGUCCCGAUGCAGGAGGGCACAAGCAGCGCCUGAAAGCACAGACACGCUGUGAUUCCUGCCGCCGCUCCCGCACAGCCCGAGGCGCACGUGUGGCCCUCAGUUAUCAGCGAGAGGAGUAAAUCCAAAAACUGCCAAGACAUUAUGCAUCACCUCUGGGCAUUACUAUCCAAUUUAGUGUGAUAAUAAAUUAAAAUGUGAGUUUCCAUGCUUAUGUGUAACAUGAAAGAAAAAAAUAAUGCAUACAUCUUUUGAUCAUAUCAAAAUAGAAAGUUUAAAUUUAUAAUCACUAAUCUGGUCAGUUAAUGUAGAACUUUAAAUAGCAAACAAGAAAAUAAAAAACAAUCAAGACAAUUCACAAGGGUGUCUUCCAUCUCUAAACACAAGAAUUGAGUUAGUAAGUUAUGGAAAUUUUUUCAACAGGCUCAUUAAAGACCAACUUAAAAGUAGGCACAGUUUGAUAAAGGACUAAAGGCCUGGGUAGAGAAAGAGUCAAGUUUUCUCUGAUUUGAAGAAGGAGAAAAAGUGGACACUCAGAAAAUCACUUAAGAAAUUCCCUACUGAUUUAUCUCAUGGCAUUUCAAAAGAAAGCAGAUCAAAUUUAUAUACUUUGCAAUAAAAAACGUAAUUUUUUCUGAUUGCAUUUUGAAGAUGACAUAAAAUGCAUUUUAAGUAUGUUCUCUACAGAGAUUUGUUAAGCCACUUAAUGAGCCCAGAGCUCUGGUGUUAGCACAUUUUUAAAAGUGGACUCUCCCGAGGGAAGCUAGGUACUGGUCUGUGUUGCCAGCAUCCUCCUCUGUUCAGUGGCGUGGACGAAAGAAAAGGAUAGCUGGGCAAAGACACACACACACACACACACACACACACACAUCAGGCCAGAAACACACAUUCUUCUCUAGGGGUGAGGGAAGCAGUUUUUUUUUUUUUAGAAAGCAGCUGGACUUGAUUUAAAAAAAUCUAAAAUUUACAGCAAUGAGUGAGAAACUAUAUAUAAAAUAAAACUUUACACGUCACAUCUUCUGAAAAACAAAUGAAUAUGUGCAGACACAAAAUGUUUGUUUGCUGGCAUAUGAGUUAUCAAAAUAAUUCUUUCUCUGCUAUUAACUGGUUAGAAGACAUUCAGCCCAACUUUCAAAUGUUCUCUUCAAUCUUGUAAGUCAUGUUUAUAUAUGUCAUUCUUUACUGUAUAUGUACUAAUAAAACAUUUUUAAUACUCUCAA